UUAAAAGCCCAGAAAAGGCCCCAAAUGGCGCCGGCCAAUGGGACCCCCCCCCGAGCCUGGGGGCGGGGGCUAAAGAGGAGGCCCCGCCCACCCCACCUGAGGCCCCGCCCACACAACCUGAGGCUCCCCCUGUGCCGGAUGAGGCUCCGCCCCCACCAGAGGAGGCUCCGCCCACCCCACCUGUGGCUCCGCCCCCUCCCGCUGAGGCUCCGCCCCCAGCGGAAUUGCCCUCCCACCCCGGAGGACCCGGAAACGCCCUCCCCCCCCGAACCCCCCCAGGAGGGGGUGGUGGCGUGCUGCGGCGGGUGCCAGGGGCUGUUCCCGGGGGUGACGUUGCCGACUCAGCGCCGGUGCCGCUGGCUCUGCCCCGAGUGCCGCGCCCGGAGACGGGAAUUCAACCGGGAGCAGCGAUUCUACAAGCGCGUGGGCUGCGGGUCGUGCGGCGCGUGUCUCCUCCCCCGCGACUGCGGCAUCUGCAGCGCCUGCGCCCGCCCCUCCCCCGCCAAGUGCCUCCUGCGCCGCUGCCUGCGCAUCGUCAAGAAGGGCUGGGGCUGCGGGUCCUGCGGGGGCUGCCUGAGCACCGAGGAUUGCGGGAGCUGCUGCUUCUGCCGGCGCCGCCUGCAGCCCGGGAGGAAGCGCCAGUGGAGGUGCCUGCGGCGCCGCUGCCUGCGCCCCCAGAGGUCAGGGGUCACCAAGAAGCCGCCCCCCGGCCCCCGCAAACUGGCGCUGAAGCAGACAGCGAAGGAGAAGAAAAAACCGGGGAGACCCCCCAAGCACCCGGGGACGCGUGGGGGCGGGCGGAGCCGGCGCAACCGCCGUUGCGGGGCCUGUCCGGGCUGCGAGCGCCCGGCCGACUGCGGCCGCUGCGACUUCUGCCGCGACAAACCCAAGUUCGGCGGCCGCAACCGCAAGCGCCAGAAGUGCCGCUGGAGGCAAUGCCUGCGCCGCGCCAUGGUCAAGGAGCAGCCGCUGGGAUUGGAUGAGAAGGGGCCCCUCCCCCCCCCAGGCCCCCCUCUGCCCCUCCCCCCCUGCAAGGAGGAGCCGGGACCCCUCCCCCACCUUGAGGACCCCCGGCUGGGGCUCCUCAUCGCCUCCGCCCCCCGACUCAAAUCGUCACCCCCAGCACCCAACGUCACCCCCGGACCGCCCCCCCCCGGGGAUUUGGGGGUCCUGAUCGCCGCCACCCCCCGCGUCAAACAGGAGCCGCCCCCCAGCGCCUCCCUCGUGCCGGUGCCCCCCCGGCUGCCGCGAUUGGUGGUUCUGGAUGAGAGCGAAGAGGAGGAGGAGGAGGGGGGACAAGAGCCCCACCCCCUUCCCCCCCCCCCUAUUUUCCCAGGCACCUUCUUAGCCGAGCUGGCCGAGAUCCCCCUCCCCGCCCAUUGGGGGGUGGUGGACGCCGUCCCCCCAAUUCCCGCGCCCCCCGAAGCCCCCCGGGUGGCCCCCCCGGCUCUGCGGCUGGUCCAGCGCUGCCCCCGCUCGCCCAUGGCGGCCACGGCAGUUCUUUUGGCCCCCGGUUUGGCUUUUCGGGUGUUGGUGGCCCCGAGUCGUCCCGUCCCCCCCGGGCACGAGGUAUUGGCGAGUCGCCCCCCCCGCCUGCGUUCCGUGGACGAUUUGGUGGAGCUGUUGUGUGACCUGGAGUCCUAUCGACCCUGUCCCGGCCCCCCCGGGGACACCCCCAGGCCCCCGGCGCCGAGGUGUCACGUCUUGGUCCCUGGGGGGCGAUGUUGUCAGGCUUGUUUGCUGCUGGGGGGGGGGGAGGCGUGAAUGGGGAGGGAGG